AUGAGCCUGAAAAAUCGUCUAGCCCUCCCUGGUGGCCUUGCAGCCUUGACCUGGACAGUAGAUCUUAGCUGCAACAGCCGCUUCUUUGAGAAGGCUGAAUGCUGGCAUCACCGAGCAUUUGCGAGCUCGACCAAACGUGUUUAUGCAUCGCUAUCACCUUCACCGACACCUUUCCAUUGCUUCGACGCCAACGUCGAGACCAUCUCUGCCACAAUGAACACCAAUUUGCAUUUCUGCCAUCAGCUACACACCGCACGCACAAUGCUGACGAUAUCUGUCUGGACCGUCACCAUCGUCGGUCUUCCACUGUUUCUGCUGCUGGAUCUCUUGGCUCUAGACUGGCAGCCGCCCUUCGACGCCUGGCACAUCAAAGAAUCACCACCAACAGCAUCACUCGCUCACUCGCUCCAUCAUACCACGAUAAAUCACUUCUUGAAAAGAAAAUGUCUAUCCUGGGCGGCAGAUAUAUCCAGCAAUCGCUACAUUGCCGGGAUUAUGGUAGCCCACAGCAGUUUCUCUGGAACUACCGCUCAGCCCGAAGGAGCCUGA